AUGGACUUAUAUGCCAUACCAAUUCAUCACAUAGGUGGUGUGAAAGUUCCAUCAAACAAACGAGAAAAUCGCGAACUAAAAGCUGGCCUAGAAGAAGAUGACAAUGAAGACAUAGCUUACUUAAAUUUUAAAUUAGUAUGGUAAGUAACAAUAUAAAAAGCAGUUUAUUAUUAUACUACCUUUAAAAAAAAGAAAUUUAUGACUUUUUUUUAUAAAAACCUUACUAUAAUUAUGCUUUUCAAUACCCUACCGUAACUUUUAAAACAAAAAAAGAUUUAAUAUUUUUAGGCCAAUGAUAGCAACAUCAGCGGUAUCAACAGUUUUUCUAAUCUUAACAGUACUCAGUAUGAAUGUGAAUCCGCAUACAUCUUUUGAAAACUUUUCCUUAAACAAACUGUUCUUCUCGUAUGGAAAAAACGUCGGAUUUUGUAAUGUAAGUACUAAAAUAUUUUUUUUACAUUUAGAGUAACAUGGCUGAUUAUACUUUAUGCAUCCAACUUCUCAACUUUUAAAUACUAGAGAAUACAAAUGUAAAAAAUUCAGAAUACCCACCCAUACGAACCGGGAAUGUACCCAUCAUUGUUACGUCAUGUUGAACUUAAAGUACUUUGCAAUAUUUUCUUCCGUGUAGCCGUAUGUGUACCAUUGGCUAUAAGGUUGUUUAUGGCCAUGUUGUUAAGGUAUGUUUUCUUUUUAUUAAGGUUUCUUUUCGAAAUAUGGUUUAAACUUCUCUGAUUUAAAUUUUCCAAUUUCAGAAAUGAAAGUCAUUCUGACGCUGAAAUUGCUACAAAUGUGUUCAAACGUACGGCCAAUGAAGUAGCCCAAAUAUUGGGAUUCAUUGGCCCAUUGGCCUUAUCAUUGUUUUCUAUUAUUACUAUCAGGUUCGACUUUCCAGGUAAAUUUUCAUUUUUUACUAGUGUUUGCUUUAAUCUAGAAGGAGAAUAGACAGACGUAUUUUACUUUUACAACUGACCAAACUUAUAAUAUACCUUUCAGACGUGUAUCGUAUGUGUUUCUCGACCUACAUAGUAACUACAACCGUCUAUAUGGUACUCCGUUUCGGCCUCUCUUUCGGCCGAGUCAAUCAAGAGUGUUGGGACUCUGUAUCAGUCUACCUCAAGGGAAUCUGUAUGCUAAUCUUUAUUUGGACAAGCAGUAAAUUCCUCGACCUUCACCUACGUUUCAUUCAGGAAACCGGCUGUCACGGGUACGUGAGUCCUCGCGAUGCAUUGAACGAGUACUUUUGUUGGGGUUCGUACUUCGUCUUUCAUUUAACCAGCUUGAUUGACAUUCGCGACAUAAGAUUCAUUUGUUACCCACGAACCGGCGCGGGCGAGUGUGAAACCUUGAAGCCGGAGAACUUCAAAAAAGGCGGCAAAUACGAGCACUGUCGGUCGUAUGAGCUGCGACAGCGACAAUUGUUGGGCCGGUAA